AUGGCGGAAUCUUCGACCCAAAGACAGGAGCCUUUCACUUGUUCAGUUUGUCUGGAUCUAAUGAAGGAUCCAGUUACUGUUCCAUGUGGACACACUUAUUGUCUGGGCUGUAUUAAAGGUUGCUGGGAUCAGGAAGAUGGUAAAGGCAUCUACAGCUGCCCCCAGUGCAGACAGACAUUUAGGCCAAGACCUGUUCUCAGUAAAAACAUUCUGAUUGCUGAAAUGGUGGAGGAAUUUAGGAAGACCAGAAUCCAAACUGAUGUUCCUGCUCACUGUUAUGCUGGACCUGGAGAUGUGGAGUGUGAUGUCUGCACUGGGAGAAAACUCAAAGCUGUGAAGUCCUGUCUGGAUUGUCUGUUGUCUUACUGCGAAACUCACUUCAAAGCUCACAAUGAUGUCAACCCAGGAAGAAAACACCCAGUGAUUGACGCCAUGGGCCAGCUACAGGACAGGAUCUGCUCUCAUCAUAAGAAGGUUUUUGAAAUAUUUUGUCAAACGGAUCAGAGUUGUAUCUGCUAUCUGUGCACGAUGGACGAACAUAAAGGCCAUGACACAGUCUCAGCUGCAGCAGAACGGACACACAAACAGAGGCAGUUGGGGCAGACCCAGAGGAGAUUCCAGCAGAGAAUCCAUGAGAGAGAGAAGGAGCUGCAGGAGCUGAGGAAGGCUGUGGAGACUCUCAAGCAGUGGAGGACAGUGACAGGAUCUUCACUGAGUUGA